UUUCCAUCAGUGGCCACGUCGUCGUCGGUUAACGGAAGUUUUCCCGAGCCAUCCCACAAAAAAAAAAGUAAAAUAAGCAAAGGAAAAAGACAUCGUGUUGGUGUGAGAGUGCGCUGGUGUUGGUUGCCUCAUAAAAGAUUCAACAGCCUGCCGAGCCAACAAAUAAAUAAAAAAAAAACGUGUGUUAAACAAAAAAAUUAAAUAAAUAAUUAUACAUAAAUGGCCUAGGAAGGGCAGCACAAGUUAGUUCAAAAAGUGUAAAGCAAAACAAGAGUAUGGUGAGAGGCCAAAGCAUCGAUAAAAAAGAAAGCGGAGCAGCCUACAAUUGAAUAAAAACAAUCAAAUUUUGGAUGAAACGAAAAUUAACAACAUAAAAUUCGACAAGGGCAGUAAAAAAGAGACUCUUCGCGUCCCUUUCUCGCCCGCUUCUCCCACUUGGAGUAGUCCCCGAAUGUAACGGUGCUGCCGUCGCCUUUAAGCGCCACUUGAUGCCACCGUGACACACAAAAGAGAAAGAAUUGAAAAGGCAAUUGACGAGAAGAUAAACGAGAACGAGGUAACCAGGAGGCGGCGGCGAUGACACUGACGCAUCCAAAGACGUCGCCACCCAGAUGACGGGCAGGCACCAGAAGGAGGAGCCGAAGACUCGGGAGCAGAAGCACCAGCAUAGCCCCGACGACAAAACAAACCGAUCAACGUGUCAACGCGUCGAGUAGAAUGCAAAUAGGCGCUAACACCAGCAGCCAAAGCAGCAACAACCGCCUCCAACCACCAGAGCCUGAGCCCGAGCCUGAGCCGCCCAUUGAGCCACCCACCAUCCAACUAGGCCAACAUGGCGGAUGCGGACGAUAGCAAGAGUGGCACUGGCAGCGGGGGCAGUGGCAGUGGUAGUGGCAGUGGCAGUGGUCGUGGGAGUGGCGCUGAGUCCCUGCAGCUGCUAACUAAACUGGACAAGGCCGUCUCCACCAACGAUGUUCUGCUCGAUCUCCAACGGGCGCUCACCUACGAGGCUGUCUUCAGCACUCUGGUGGAGCACAAAAUGCAGGCCCUUAAGCGGGACUACGAGGAGCACAAGAAGGCGAAGCGGCGCAAGCGAAAGUCCAUCGGUCGCAUUUUUCUGCCCAGGAAACUGUUCGGCAGCGGAAGUCGCCGUUCCAGCAGGGAGGACACCCCGCCACCGGAGGACCACCAGGACCAGCCUUCACCACCAGCUACUAGUAGCGGGAAGACCAAGGCCCUAACAAAAGGCAAGACCCGGACGGAUGACAUUGAGGAGGCCUCCGGCUCAGUGGCCAGCUUACAGCGAUCUCAUCCGAAGCGCCCGGAGAACUUGGAGGACAGCCUGGCCAGCACGCUGAGCAACUCCUCGGGAGCCCAGCGGCAGCACAAGCACAGCCACAGCUUACUUGUUCGAGCUCAAACGCACACGCCUGCACACCAGAUGGACAUGGAUGCGGACCGGAGAUCCAAUAGCUCGGAGGGGGAGCUCAGAUUGAAGGCCCAGCUCCCAGGCAAACAUUCCACAACGAUCAACGGCGAGUCGGAACUGCCCCCGAUCUCCGGACACGACAAUACCUCGACGACUGCCACAGCAACUGCCACAGUGACCGCCACGCCCCACGGAGGAGUCCUCCACAGCUCCACGCUGGCGGACGACAGCCUGACCGCCUCGCUCCGCGGCAGCCUUGAAAGCCUCUCCUACAGUAGCUCCCGCUGCACCGUCAGCUUUGGUGGAGCGGAGGUGAUUACCGCGAGCGGUGGGGAGGCGGAGUCGAGAGAGCGGGCGCGACUGGCCAAAAGGCUGAGGAUCCUGGAGGCCAAGUCCAUCAGCGCCCAGUGCAGCCCCAUCUUCCCCAGGCACGUGGUUCGCUCGUUUCCGCUGCAGUCGCCCCAACAAGCGCGACUGCACAUCAAUGUUCCCUCCAGUUUGGCCAGGCCGCAGCCGCAGCCGCAGUUGCAGUUGCAGCAGCAUCUACAUCAGCAUCAGCACCAGCAGUUGCAACCUCACGUGGCCUUGGAGAUUGAGACGCUACCCGCUCCACUUCCCCAGCGGAGGCGUCUGUUGCCCAAGCAGAUAUCCUGCACUGAAAGCGGAGCAGCAGGGGAUUUCAACGUGGUAGGUGCAGAGGCCUACACCAGGUACUUCUCCCGCCAGAACACGUCGGAGGACAGCGCCAAUGUGACGGUGAGCACCGUGUUGGCGCAAAGCGACUCACAGUCGCUGCACGCCACGCCCAGCUAUGCAAAUACGCCCCCGGCAAUGGGCAGCGCGAGUCAGGAGCGCCGCAAGUCCCGCAGCACUGGACUGCUGGCUGUGCGACCGCCGUAUGGCGUGGAUCCCAGUGCCGUGGUGAUUCCCAUGGAGGACGGGAGCGUGGAGCGAGUCAGGACGAGGGCUCUGGUGCCCGAAAAACUACACCGGAUGACCUCAACGUCGACCGGCUCCAGUGUGGCCGCCACCGGCUGCUGCAGCGCCACAAAGCCGAAGGAGAGGCCGAGCGAAGCCUUCAGGCCCUCCGCGAUGCCCUCCUCCGCAGCAAUGACAACGGCCCAGAGCACGGGCAGCGACGACGAGUACCGCCGGCGGAAACGGAAGUACAAGCGCCAUCAUCGCUGCUCGGAUCCCGCACUGGUCUAUCCCACGCCCAGCGGUCUCCAGCACUAUGUGCACGUGCUCGCCAUCAAUCCGGACACGCAGCAGCCCAUACAAUGCCCGUACGGUGAGGACUCGCCCUGCGACCUGCAGUUGGACAUGGACAUGGACUUGGACCUGGACCUGGACGAUGCCGAUAAAAUCGACGACCUUGAGCAGAUGGUCCCCAGUGGUCAUCAGCGGCAUCGCCGAAAGCAUCGACAUCGCCACAAAAAGCGACAUCGGCACAAAAAACCAAAAAUUCUGGUACAGGACUUGGACACAGAAGUUGUUAAGGUGAUCGAUCCUCAUGAUCUGUCUCAGCGUGCCCGCUGGACAAUAAUUGCCACCGCCUGUUUGUUACUGCUCAUGUGCCUCAUGUUGAUUGGAGUCACUUUGCGUAUGGCUCCGAUAAUCGAUGAUAUGGUGCGACAGGAGAACGAGCGCAACUUCCGCGAGAAUCUGGAGCGCACCUGGAUGAUGAAGAACCGCACCGAGCUGAACCUGCAGCGCCAGCAGAUGGAGAUGCAGAUGCAGCUGCACGUCGUUCCAUGAGCGGAAGGAAGGAAGUGACGCCGCUGGAGCAGAUGCGACCGGAUGAGAUGUCAGCACGAGCUGGAAAUGUCAGUGGCUGGCAGCAAGAACAACAAGUUUGUGGCAGGAAGCCGGUGGACCCUUCUGCCCCCAACUUCCUGCAGCCCCCAACUCCCUUCCUGCCCCGCCCAAUCAAAGUUAUGCGCACAAUUGCUACAAAGAAUAACGGAGAGUACGAGAAAUCGAAUCAAAAGAAAUUGUUAACUAAAAUAAAUGAGGAUGGAGCACUCCGAAGUGCUCGGCUAAAGCUAAGCCUAAUGCUAAUUGUAGUUAAGUCUGCUCAGGCGGUAAUCACUUGUUUUAUAUCUAACUGAGAGCUAGACUCCACUUAGAGCAAACCAAAUAUAAUUCAAUGGUCGAGAAAAUCAAAAGUGAUUCAGUUUAGUCAAUAGUUAAAGCGUUGGUUAUAGAGUAACUUCGAUGACAUUUUAAAUAUUAGAUCGGGAACGUUCUGGUGCUCAAAUUCAACCUUCUCCAGAGAUUUACAAUCAAUUAAAAAUGCAUCUAGCAAAAGGCGUUUUUAUUCCAAGAACCCAAUGUGCAAAAGUAGCCUUUACUGAUUUUCACUGUCUGAUCUAGGCGCAUUUGUACUUGAAUUUAAAUAGAUGAAGUGAAGUAUUGCAUUAUAAUUUAUUAGUCGCUUUGCCAUGAUUCAGUAUAGAAUUCAGUUGGUAUCUUCAUUUUACGUUUUCAUAUCUCUUGGCUUAAGAAAUAUGAAUUCACUAGUGAAAUUACUUCAAACUUGACGUCUUUCCGACGAAGUUGUUUACCAGAACCGACUCGAUUGUCCUGUAUUUAUUGCGCCAAGGAUAUGAUCUACUCUGGGCUGCAAGACGACGCCAAACAGAAGGAGCAAUUAAGCGAAAGGUUUCGAUUGUUCAGUUGAUUAGCCAAAUGGUUUCAAUUUUUCUUUAGCCGAGCUUUUCCCUAGGUUUUCCCACCCGAUAAAUACCCUCCUGAAUGGCGUCGACAGGCAGCUGUUGGAGAAAAAAAAUAGAGAAAAGUUGGUCAGUAGUUACGUCUGAAACUAAGUUGUUAACUGAAAGUACUCCUAAGUAAAUGUUAAUAGCAAUAAACAAGCGAAAGUUUUUGUAUCUCUUAGACGUUAAAGAUGUUGAAGGGGAAGAUGUUGAAAGAAAAGCGCAAGAAUAAGUAUCAAGUAUUCCACGAUACAUUUUGACUAAAACUACAAUUCAUAGGUUAACAAUAAUUGAAAAGGAGCAAGGAAGCAAAGAAACAUUCAAUAGAUUUACUUAAACUUGGAAGUCAACUUGUGCCAAUCCUGAUGAGAACCUGCUAUAAAUGUGGCGUAGCGUAACUUAAUAAAAAAUUGAAUAACAAAAAAGCGAGGAGAGUUAGAUAUUUAGCGGAUCGAUGUGAAACUGUUACUUAAGUGCAAAACGAGCUUGUUGUCGAAUUAAUUUUUAAACGGAUUAAACUAAGUGAAUUUAAGCUACAUGUUAAAUGUUUUUUUAGGUGUUCAAUGUUACAAUUAUUUGUGGUCGAGCAGCCGAGGAGCCAGAAUUGAUUGCCCAGCCUUCACCAAAUGCAUAAGUUUAUGAACCUGUGCUAACUCAGUUGCAGGUCUAACGACAAAAUAUAGCUUGAAGCAAACUUCUAUCGGUUUCAGCCAACAUAGCGAUGCAGGCUUGAAAGCAAUGUUGAAAACUUACUUCCCUGACCGCCCAUCUCCCAAUCCAGUUAACAAUUAGCCGGAUAUGUAUUUACCAGCCUAAAUCUUUCCCAUUACUCGCCCGAUUGCGCAAAGGUAAUUUAAUAGGGUUUUAUGGUUUUAGGCUCUGGCGUACAAUUACUGUGAGAUACAAAGAUAGUUUGUAUCCACAAAGCAGAUUUACGGCACAAGCAUCACAUGAAAAACAUUGAGAAAAAUAAUAAAGAGCUGGAAUCUAGUUUUCUGAAUCUUUUUUAAGUUAUUUCUCCAACAUAUUUUGGCUUUAUUUUCGAAGCUUUAAACUCAAUAAUUAACAAAUUCUUUGCCAGGAAAUACAAAAUGUAUCUGAUUCAAAAUCACAUGGUUCAAAACGAUGAAUUCAUUGAAUAGAUGGACAGUUUCUGUUUUGCUUACAAUUAAUGUUCUCUGUUUACAAAUAAAUAUAAUUUUGGUCCAUUCGGGCAGCAGGGAAGCAGGGAAGCAGAAGGAAGAAAACAAAUGGAAAGCUUUAAAUUAGCUCAAUAAAUUGUGAACUUAAACAUUUAAUCUACUUAGAGCGGGUCGUUGUUAAAUGCAAUGCAAGUACAUCUGGGACAAAGAAUCACACACCUCAUUCAGAUUUGUAAGAUACGCAUUUUGGCCUAGAAAGCCAUUCGAAUUUGACCACACACAGCCGAUAAAAUAAUCAAAUUUGCGCCAGGCAGCCACAAAGGAUAUUUAGUAUAAACAAUCAAACAACAAUGUACUUAGUAAUUGCAUUUAACUCGUGGGGCAGAGCAUAUCCACUAGGUUUGCAAAAUUGAUUUAACAUAACUGCAUGCUUAAACUAACGAAAGUAAACUGGAUAUUAACUGAAUGGAGGUUGGGGAGACCGAAUUAAAGGAACACAACUAAUGUCUAUAAUUAUGGCUAGCUAAGUGUAAAAAUGUAAGCUGAAUUAUUAUACAACCAACUACAGCCGAAGCAAGUAAAUUGAUGUAAUUGAAAUACUCGUAACGUUCUAGGGCGAAAUAUCAAUGAAUAUUGAAUAACGACACAGGUUAAACACAAACACGCAGCAAGCAUAAAUUAAUGAAUAACGAAAAUAUUUCUCGAGAAAAAAUCAAACUUUUUAGCCUUUGAACGAGAGACUUUUGGUGCCCAAUCCAGUUUGAGCAAUUAUUUACAAGUGAAAAUAUAACGAAACACAAAGAAAGACACACACACACCACAAAGGCAGAUGUAUUGUAAAUAGAAUCACAAACAAACCAAAUGAGUAAAUACCAAGUAGGUACAUUAAUAACUAAUGAGAGGGCUUAUCCGAGUAAAUCAACAUUAAAUAAAUUAACAACGGAAUUCAAACAGAAGCAGGUAAUACUUCAACUUGUGUGCAAGGCAUCAACUUUUACUGUUAAUUGUUGCUGGCAAUGCAAAACGCAGCGCCGACCGAAAAACGAAAACUACAAAAAUGAAAAACCAUGAAAAAGCAAAACAAAUAUAUUUAAAAUACAUUUGAACGCCUUCAGCGUUUUAUUCAUCAAACAAGAAAUGUUGAAUCGAAACAAAAAGUCAAACAAAGCCAUACAAACGAUAAAUCAAUUUGUGUCACCUGUGUAGUAAGUAUAUCUCAGUAUUUGUAACUGAACAUGAAAAGCGUUGAGGUGCAGGCAUCAACCACAGAAACAAACCAAAUCAAAUGAAAAUAAACUGAAUUUACAAGUGGUCCUUGGUUGGUAUAUUCAU